AUGGCUUUACCACCUAGCAGCUAUCCAGUAGAAAAAAAAGCCCUUUUUGUUCCACCAUUAGAAGAAGUAGCACAAGUUUUCAAAUCCCAUUUGCUCAAUAACUUUGCAGAAGUAAACGUUGAAGUUGUAGAUUCUCCAGAUUUCACUCAAAAACCAUUUUAUUUAGCUGGAAAGGGUUUGACUGGCAAUCCAAAGUUGCUGGAAAUUGGUGGUACCCAAUACCUACUCCCAUUGGUAAACCGAGAAAAAGUUUAUGAUUUAAAAGACAUAGCCAAAUUGGCUCAAGUUGAACCAUCAUUUUUGAUAGGUGCUGGUGCUGGACCUUUCCAGUAUGUCGGCGUAAAUUGUGAAGGAAUUAUAAAUUUAAAAAUAGACAAUAAUGGAAUUGUAGAUCAGCAAACAAGAGUAUCUAAAGUCAAUGGAUUAGAUGAACAAAUGAUAGUCCAGGUAUUACCCAAUAACGAAACUAGAAUUUCUUUGCUUGGAAAUUUGUUUAUAUCUGAAGGAAAGCCAGGCAAAGUGAUUAAAGUUCAAGCUAAAAAUCGCACAGGCAAAAAGGACUUUAUUGAAACUUUGAGGAAUUCUAUUGAAGAAAAAUAUGGAAAAAAUCAUUUGGUGGGUAUUGGAGGGACGUUUUUGAUUGUUGAGGGCAAAGCCAAACAGCACGUGAUGCGAGAUUUUUCUAAAACUCCUUUAGAAGAUGAUGUUGCUGUAAAUCAAUGGCUUAAAUUUUAUGAAAUGUCCGCUCCAUUAACUGCAGUGGGCACUUUUACUAGUAACGAUGGGGGUGCUAUUGAUUUGAGAGUGCAACACUUCCACAGUUUUGGCCCCAAUGGAGAAGCCGGUCACUAUCAUAUCGAUACCACGCCAGAAUCAGUAGAAUAUUUGGGAUACUUUAAUGUAGCUGAGGAAAUUGUUAGAAUAGAUAAACCAAAAGACUCUCAUAAAUAUGGAAGAGAUUAA